CAUUCAUAUCUCCCAAUAUAUAUGACUACCAAUUCAUGUCUUCUUCAAACCAAAGCAACAAUGGCUUCCCCACCAAAACCCAACUUACUCUUCUUCUUAAUUUGGGCAACACUUAUCUUCCAAGGAGUUGCAGGAUCCAGAAAACUAACUAUGCUUCCUUAUCAAAAGUUUGCAUCAGACAAAGAUUUAAACUUGCAGGUGAAAAGGCAUACAAGCAAUCCAAUGACCGAAAGAAGAUCAAUGAUAGGGUCGGUGAAGCCGACUUGUACGUACAACGAAUGCAGGGGUUGCAAGUCAAGGUGCAGAGCCGAGCAAGUUCCAGUGGAAGGAAACGACCCGAUAAAUAGCGCAUAUCAUUAUAGAUGUGUUUGCCAUAGAUAAAUUUUCCAUUUUUGGAUGAAAAUUUGAACUAUAUAGUUUGAGGCAAUUGAAUUCUAGUUGAAAAUGUGGACACAUCCAGAGAGAAAAAAAAGAGGCAAACAGUAAGUUAUGUGGCCAUUCUUUAACACUAUGUGUGUGAAUUCUGUUUGAAUUUGAGUGAAUGUAUACCAUGGGCUAUGAAUUUUUGGGGGUUUGUGU